AUGGAGUCGAAUACAACCAAUAAUAAUUUACGGAAGUUGCUGGAUACUCUUGUGGCUGGUUACCUUGGCAGGCAAAAAUACUGGGAAUCAUUGAAGUGUUUCAUGAAUGAAUCGUCGGUUCUCUGUGCUACACAGUGUGGUGAAUUAUCUAUCAUUUUAAAUGAUACCAUACAUGGCAAACAUUUGGAAGAAAUUUUAUUCAAUGAAUAUGGUAGUUUUGGUAUAAAUCCAGCGUUCCUUGAUUUUGGGCUUAGAUUACGUUCACUUGCAAACGAAUUCACAUCAUUGACAAAUGCUAGCUCGUAUUGGUCUGAUGCUCAAAAAAUGUUUUAUGGAAGGCGUUCGACACCAUCGUUCUUGAUAGAAGACAAGCUGGAAUUUAUUCAUUUCAGGCAAACUUUUUCACAGCAUUCAUUACCAGCAUCAGAUAAUCCUUUAAGUAAUACGGAGAGACAUCAUUCAUUAGUACCUGCUUUUAAUGUUGAUUCAACGACUAGUGUUUCAAGUCAACAAACUACUGCGUCGACAUCUUCAAGAAGGAAGUGUGUUCAGCCGGUCAGCAUUAACUCAAGGCGUCGGGAAUUUGUGAAAGAAGUUGUUGAACCAGUUGUACAGACAGCCCAACAAAUAAUCGACAAUGGAAAGGGAACUAAAAAAGAAGCUUGUUCGUCAUUAUCAGGGAUUUCACUGAUUUCAAUCGACGAAAAUGCCGUGAAUACACUGGAUCGUUGUAUGGCGCAUGAAAAUUUCUCUGAACUUAUAAGAAGUAUUGAAAAAGAUUUUCCAGAAGGUUUUUUUGAUUAUUUCCCGAAUCAUGACAGCACAGAGAAUUUGCAUGGAGCAAGUUUUCAAGUAGAGUCGUCGCCAUCUAAUGACACUUUAAAGGAUUUUGUGGAAAAUGAUAGCAGUCGAAAUUUAUGUAAUAUACCGUGCUCCGAGAUAGAUGAAUCAAGACCACUGUGUUGUUCCACACCGACGAAAUUGAUGACCCAAGAAAAAUCUGCAAUGUUACAAAUACCAGAGCCAUCAGUAGUUGCUGAAAGCGCGUUAUUUAAAGAAAGAGUCGAAGUAGAAUGCCCUUAUUUGCCCGACGAGAAAAAUGAAGAUACUCAGAAGAAUCUAAUUCUUCCUCCUGGAAAUUUCGACAAAACCGAUAACGAUUCUUGUAACGAAGAAAAAGUUACCGAAAUAUCUGCAGGUUGGAAAAAGCUUGCUGAAUUAUGUGAUAAAUCGAGUAGGAAAGUUGCAGAACCUGAAGGACGAGAAACAGUGCAAACUUGUGAUCAAAUUCAGCAAAGUUCUGAGAAUCACUCUUCGAACCAGCUAAAUAAACAUGAUUUGAGUGAAAGGAAUUCACUGUCAAAUUGUGGGAUGAAGUCUCAAAACUGCGCAUCAGUAGCCGGCAAAGAAGAGAAGACUUCAGGUGCUAGUGAUAUUUCGAAUAAGUCAAUAGGAAAGUGUAUUGUGGAAGAGAAAACUGUUACUAAUACGAAUGUGGCUUUAAAAUCACUUAUAGAAAAAGAAAUUGAGUCGCUUUUUGAAAAUUCUGAAAGCGAAAAUGAUGGUGAAUCAGAGACACAAAAAGGAAAUGAGAUUAGGAAUGUGGGUGUUGGUCGGUCUUCUUUAGCAGCUGAAAGUAAAAAGGAAUUAGUUACUGAAAAAAAUACAGUUCACAGUGAAGAAAAUUCAAUUACUGUACAUCCCGAACGUCAGGUUUCUACAAGAGUUUUCGCAGAUGAAAGAAGAAAAAAGCCACAGAAAUCAAAGUUGACUAAUAAUGGGCUUUCUGAUGAUGGCAAGUUUUCAUCUUCUAGAAAAAAACAAAUAGAAGCAUUGCAAGCCAGCUCAACUUUUCAAGAUUCUGAUAAUUCAGUAGCAUCAUCAGGUACUUCGACGUCCAAGAAUUUUGAACAUAAGAAAUUAGAAAAAUUAAAAAAGAUGGAAGAUAACAAAGAAGAAUCAUGUACAAUUGCCGAAAAAAGAAAAAAAGAAAAAGAAUUUCUAAUGAAAAAAGAAAGGGAAGAAAUUGAACGGCAAAAACGUGAAUUAGAAGAAAAAGAAUUGAAAAGAGCAGCUGAAAGAGAAAGAAGACGUAAAGAGGAGGAGCAGCGUGAAAUUCGUGAAAAAGAAGAACGUGAGAAAAGGCGAAAAGAACGUGAAGAUCGUGAAAAGGUAAAAAAAAUAAAGGGCGAAAAAUUGAAAAGUACUAGUGAAUUAAAAAAAUUGCCAGAACGAUCGAGGGAUCGAAAAUUGAAAAAAGAUUUAAAGAGUAAUUUGCCAGUUGAAAAUAAUAUUGAUGAGCCUAAUGAAGCAAAUAUUUUGGAUAUGUUGUUUGGUGAUGAUGAUAGUUCAAAACCAGUUGCAAAAAAUAUCGACAAAGAAGAAGUAAGAAGAAAAGUUGAUGAAAGUCGUUCAAGGCCAUUAUCUGUUCAAAAACCUGUUGGAAAGUUUAAAUUAUAUAAUGAUAUUCGUGGAAAGAAAGAGAGAAUUGAUCGUAAUGUAGACUUGAAGUCGAUUAAAACUACAAAGAAUGGUUCAGGAACUUUGCGAAAAGAUGAAUUAGAUGUGAUAGAAACUAAAUCAUACAAAAAAACUGUAGUAUCAGGAGUCAGCAAAGGAAGGGAAAUUUUGCUGGUAGGAGGUGGACAUUCAGCGAGAGUUGGGAUGGUAUUGGAAAAGGCAACGCGUAUAAGAACUAAGCAUGAACAUGAAGAAAAGUUGAAGCAAGAAUAUCGGAAAUCCGAUGUUCGACGUGUAACGUCUUCUUCGGUGAUUAUCAUUCUGUUGUUUUUCAAAACUUCGGAUAAUACUCGUAAACGUAUUUUGGACUUGCCUAUACCGAAAACUCCUGAUCUUUUAUCACAAAUAUUGAAACCUGAUAUUUAUUCUCAUAAUGAUUCCGUAAGACGAACUGUUUCGACGAAAAAUAUCACUAAUUGUAAAGAGUCAACUGCAGCUUCGUCACUUGAUGUACCAGUGUCAUCAAAAUCCUCAUUGAUCGUCUCCUCCUCUUCUAGUACAUCUGGUGAACUAAAGACAGUGCAUCGCAAUGAAUCAUCCAGCAGUAUUUCUUCAAAUGUACAGGUCAAAAAACCUCGUCUGGAUAUGGCAGCUAUUGAUGCAGUAUUGCAAACUUUACAUGGUCUUGAAAAAGCUUCAUCAUCUACUAAUCUCUCAUUUUCCACAGCUUCAACUUCUGGGUCAGAACAAAAGUUAAACUAA